UUCAAGAUGCAGACCUUUGGAGCUUUCCUCGUUUCCUUCCUCGCCGCCAGCGGCCUGGCCGCGGCCCUCCCUACCGAGGGACAGAAGACCGCUUCCGUCGAGGUCCAGUACAACAAGAACUACGUCCCUCACGGCCCUACUGCCCUCUUCAAGGCCAAGAGAAAGUACGGCGCUCCCAUCAGCGAGAACCUCAAGUCUAUCGUGGCUGCCAAGCAGGCCAAGGCCAUCGCCAAGCGCCAGACCGGCUCGGCGCCCACCCACCCCAGCGACAGCGCCGACUCGGAGUACGUCACCUCCGUCUCGAUCGGCACUCCGGCUCAGGUCCUCCCCCUGGACUUUGACACCGGUUCCUCCGACCUGUGGGUCUUCAGCUCCGAGACCCCCAAGUCCUCGGCCACCGGACACGCCCUCUACACUCCCUCCAAGUCGUCCACCUCCAAGAAGGUCUCUGGCGCCACCUGGUCCAUCAGCUACGGUGACGGCAGCAGCUCCAGCGGCGAUGUCUACACCGACAAGGUCACCAUUGGAGGCUUCAGCGUCGCCACCCAGGGCGUUGAGUCUGCUACCCGUGUGUCCACCGAGUUCGUCCAGGACACUGUCAUCUCUGGCCUCGUUGGUCUUGCCUUUGACAGCGGCAACCAGGUCAGGCCCCGCCCCCAGAAGACGUGGUUCUCCAACGCCGCCAGCAGCCUGGCUGAGCCCGUUUUCACUGCCGAUCUGAGGCACGGCGAGAACGGCAGCUACAACUUUGGCUACAUUGACACCAGCGUCGCCAAGGGUCCCGUUGCCUACACCCCCGUUGACAACAGCCAGGGCUUCUGGGGCUUCACUGCCUCGGGCUACUCUGUCGGCGGCGGCAAGCUCAGCCGCAGCUCCAUCAGCGGCAUUGCCGACACUGGCACCACCCUGCUCCUCCUCGACGACGACAUUGUCGAUGCCUACUACGCCAACGUCCGCUCCGCUGAGUACGACAACCAGCAGGAGGGUGUUGUCUUCGACUGCGACGAGGACCUCCCUACCUUCAGCUUUGGCGUCGGAAGCUCUACCAUCACCAUCCCCGGCGACCUGCUGAACCUGACUCCCAUCGAGGAGGGCAGCUCCACCUGCUUCGGUGGUCUCCAGAGCAGCUCCGACAUUGGCAUCAACAUCUUUGGUGAUGUUGCCCUCAAGGCUGCCCUGGUUGUCUUUGACCUUGGCAACGAGCGCCUGGGCUGGGCUCAGAAAUAAGCGACG